GGGGGGGUCGCGGGGGCGGUGAUGGUGGUGCAGGUGAUGGCGGUGAAGGGACGGCACAGAGCUGUCGGGAGAGGAGCAGUGGGCGCGCGGCCGCCGCCCGGAGAGGCCCUGAGCCCCGCGGGGGACAGCAAAGGGGAACCGCGGAGCGAGCCCCCAGGUGGCAAAGCGGGUUCCGUGUGGGCUCCGGAAAGUUCCACUGCCUUCAAAUGCCUGAUCUCCGCCCGCUUCUGUGCAGCGCUGCGUAUCGAACCCUGGUAUUUUUAUUUCGUUAACGGCUUCUUGAAUUUUAACGUGGUUUUCGUCAUGGCUCUGUUUGCCCUGCCUCUGACUACGCUGAUGGAGUUCUUGUUGCAGAGGUUCAAUGUCCAUAACCUCGGCCGCCCGUACUGGCUGACCCUGUCGCCCAUGUACAUCUGGAUCCUCAUCUUCUUCACCCAACCUCACAAAGAGGAACGUUUUCUCUUCCCCAUCUACCCUCUGAUCUGCCUGUGCGGUGCCGUGGCUCUCUCUGCCCUGCAGAAAUGUUACCAUUUCCUGUUCCAGCAUUACCGUCUCGAACACUACACCGUCUCCUCCCACUGGCUGGCCCUGGGCACAGUGAUCCUCUUUGGUUCUCUCUCCCUUUCUCGUUCAGUGGCUUUGUUCAGAGGUUACCAUGCGCCGCUUGACCUGUAUCCAGAAUUCCACCGGAUCGCCACAGACCCGAACAUUCACACUGUUCCCGAUGGGAGACAAGUGAACGUUUGUGUUGGGAGAGAAUGGUACCGUUUCCCCAGCAGCUUUCUGCUCCCUGACAACUGGCAACUCCAGUUCAUUCCUUCGGAAUUCCGAGGCCAGCUCCCGAAGCCCUAUGCCCAGGAGCCGAUGGCAACCCGGAUCAUUCCUACUGAAAUGAACGACCAAAACAAGGAAGAACGAUCCAGAUAUGUUGAUGUGCGGCAAUGCCAUUACCUGGUCGAUCUAGACAUCCAGUCGGAAACUCCACGGGAACCUCGAUAUAGUGCAAACAAAGAGGACUGGACAGUUGUGGCAUAUAAAUCCUUUCUUGACGCUGGCAGAUCUUCAAGAUUCUUCCGAGCUUUCUUCAUUCCCUUUUUAUCUCACCAACACACGAUAUACGCAAACUAUACCAUCCUGAAGCCCAGGAGAGCGAAACAGCCCAGAAAAAGGAGUGGAGGAUAGAUGUCGGGGAGAGAAUGGAAACACAAUCUCAUAGAGUGACUGCAUACCACCAUCCAAUUCAUUUAUCUCUCGACCACCUUGUCUCCAGAUUUAUGAAUACUUGUUCGCAUUCUUCUUGUCUGUUUCGUAAUAAUAUAUCGCAGCAAAAAGCAUAAUAAUAAUAAUAAUUCUUCAGUGUGGGCGUGCGUAUUUGUGAGCUGGAAUUUUAUUUGAAAAGAAAAUUAAAAAUAUUAUUUUUUAAAAAA